AUGAGUAUCCAGGAAGAGAUCACUGAAAAGAAAAGCAGAGGCCAGAUUGAGGCAGGGAAACCACCACCUGGCUUACAUCUGGAUGUAGUCAAAGGAGACAAACUCAUUGAGAAACUCAUCAUUGAUGAGAAGAAAUACUAUCUCUUUGGGAGAAAUCCUGAUCUGUGCGAUUUUACCAUUGACCACCAGUCUUGCUCUCGGGUCCAUGCUGCCUUGGUCUAUCACAAACAUCUCAAGAGGGUUUUCCUCAUAGAUCUAAACAGCACACAUGGCACAUUCUUGGGUCAUAUCCGUUUGGAACCUCACAAACCCCAACAGAUACCCAUUGACUCCACGGUUUCAUUUGGCGCUUCAACACGGGCAUACACUCUGCGAGAGAAGCCUCAGACACUGCCAUCAGCCGUUAAAGGAGAUGAGAAGAUGGGCGGUGAAGAUGAAGAGCUCAAGGGCUUGCUGGGCCUGCCAGAGGAGGAGACAGAGCUUGACAACCUGACAGAGUUUAAUACAGCCCACAACAAAAGAAUUUCCACACUAACCAUUGAGGAAGGGAACUUGGAUAUUCAAAGACCAAAGAGAAAACGGAAGAACUCCAGAGUGACAUUCAGUGAUGAUGAUGAAAUCAUCAAUCCGGAGGAUGUGGACCCUUCUGUUGGGCGUUUCAGGAACAUGGUACAGACAGCAGUAGUCCCUGUUAAGAAAAAACGGUUGGAGAAUCCAGGCUCAUUGACCACAGAUGAUUCUGCAUCACGACGUAUGCAAAACUUUCCCUAUAGUGGAGGAUUAUAUGGUGGUUUACCUCCAACUCACAAUGAGGCAGGUUCCCAAUCGCAUGGCGUCCAUGGGACAGCACUCAUUGGUGGUCUGCCAAUGCCCUACCCCAAUCUUGCCCCAGAUGUGGACUUGACUCCUGUUGUGCCCUCAACAGUUAACAUGAACCCAGCUCCAAACCCUGCUGUCUUUAAUCCUGAAGCUGUGAAUGAACCCAAGAAGAAGAAAUAUGCAAAGGAGGCAUGGCCGGGCAAGAAGCCGACCCCUUCCCUACUGAUCUGAGUUGGGUUUUGUUGCAGGAGGGAGGGUGGGUAGGGAGGGAGGGUGGGUGGGAGUUACGAACUCCAGAAACUGUUUAUGUGCAGUAUCGUCUUUUUAAAAUUUCAAUGUCCUAACCAGAUGUAAUACCAAGAUUGGAGAAGUGAAAUAUUCUUUAAAGAUCUGUCUUCAAAUGUUUUUAUAUGUCUGUUUAAAAGAAAAAAAAAAAUACAGCUCCCAUCUCCUUUUGAACCAAAAUAUCUGGCAGCCUUUUCUUAGCCAUUACUGUCCCCAGAGGUCUUUACUCUGAAUUUUGAUCCAUAAGUUGAAGGGGCAGAGUCAUGCAAUUUAACUAUCAUUUAUGGCAUGACCCUGCAAAUUCGUGUAUUUAGGUGUCGUGCUUACUAUGAGUAAUGUUGUUCCUGCUGGACUUGCUCAUAGCAGGUCAGCUCUAUCAGAAGUAAAUGUUUGUGGGGCCAAGCCUUUCAGAAAUCCCAUUGGUAUGAGUUCUAAAACUUGCAAAAUACAGGUCAGCUUUUAUUUUUUACAUUUUCAAAACCCCACCAACGUGGGGCAUUAUCUUUUUGUUUCGUUUUGUUUGGCUACAGCUUGUUUUGAUUUCCACCUAAAACACUACAGCAUCCCAUUAGUUCAUGAGAACGUGGAGUUGAGAUGGAUGACAAAUGGGUAGGCUUCCUUAGCUGAGGUCCAGUAUUGUACGAUGGAGUGCUGUGUGGAUGGAUGAAGGGGUGUGCACGUGGAUGGAUCUGAGCUUGUGUUGGUGCUAGUGGCAGCAUACAAGCACGGCAAGCCGAGGACGGUUUGACUGGUGGAUAGGCACUAUCUACACUGUACAAACAAUAAACAGCAAAGUAGAGUUGACUGACUCUCCUGUGAUAACUUAGGGUGAAGUUAACACAGAGGAGAACAGUUUCUUUUAAACUUGGUGCCCUUUUAACUUAAAAAGUUUCAUUUUUAUUUGCAAAUGGAACUUGUGAGCUUGGAGUAUAUGUGAGAUGCGACAAGACACACACAAAAAUGAGCAGCCAUCAGCACUGUCAGAGGACUUGCAUGUUUAACAACUAAAACCACAAUCUGCACACUAUUCUGGCUGCUAGUUACAGUGGGUGAGAGUUGAGUGCUGCUUAAAGCUAGAAUAUGAAUUGUCAGUAGAGAAUCUGCCUUGCCUUGAAUAAAGCAGUGCACAAAUUGGUUUCAUAAUAUUACAUUUUUUAACUACUUCAUCACUUUCUCCCAUUGAAUAAAAUGAGAAGCUUGAUUUGGAUUGUUGCUGUAGCCCUUCAAAUCCUCGGUUUUAGAUUUCAAAAUCUGAUUCACAUGUAUUCAGACACUAUGUCUUCACUUUAUACAAGGUAUGGCCAGAGCUCUGUUUUUCGUAAGUUUACUCUGGAUUUUUUUACAUUCUAUAAUGCAGUUCAGCUACAUAGUCACAUUCCUUUGUUGUUUGGGGGAUUUCUCCAGGAAAUGUGCAGU